AUGAAGUACUCGCUCGCCCCCUUCAUCCUCCGCCGGCCGUGGCUCGCCCGCUUUUUCAAGCCCGCCGCUACCUGGUACGUCAACACUGCCGGGUACCGCCAGAUGGGCCUCAAAUACGACGAUCUCCUCGAGGAGGAGAACGAGACUGCCCAGGCUGCCCUCAAGCGUCUUUCUAACCGCGAGUCCUACGAGCGCAUCUACCGUAUCCGACGUGCUGUCCAGUGCAGUUACCAGCACAAGCUCCUCCCCAAGGACCAGUGGACUACCUCCGCCUCGGACAAGCCCUACCUUCAGCCUCUUAUGGAAGAGGUCGCCGCCGAGAAGGCCGAGAAGAACGAGCUCGACUCCAUCGCUGUCGUCCGAAAGCACUAA